AUGGUUUCGUUCAGAUCCACGAUAAAGGCUCUUUCAUCAGUAUUGGCACUUGCCACUGUGAGCAAUGCCCAAAUAUCAACAUUUAUAAACCGAUCAGCCGCCGGCUACUCGGCGAGUUUCAACAUCCCCGCGUCCGGCAAUGACACAUUCAUCCAACUCAACGGACCCGCAUCCGCUGGCUGGGUUGGGACGGGAAUUGGCACGGGGAUGAAGGGCGCAUUGAUUGGUGAAUUCGAGCCCGAGUUUGAGGAAUCGAUCCAGUACGAGCUGCUGGACGGGAGCGGUGUCGCAAACGGUAUCAUGACCGCCAAUAUCAGAUGUGCCAACUGUCGGGAAUGGAAUGGUGGAUCACUUGAUGUCAACAGCACCGCUCAGAACUUACUGUGGUCCGUGGGCAACAACGAACAAGUCGCAACUACAGAUAAAUCUGCGACAAUCCACCAGCACAGGCUAUAUGGUUUCUACACUCUCAACAUGGUCGCGGCGACUGGUGGGAACGAUACGAACCCGUUUACGAGCAACGACUCGAUAGUGUCGACUGGGAGCUCGAUCGCGGCGCCGAGGACAAAGGCGGAUAGGGUAUUGAUUGCACAUGGUGUCAUAAUGGGUGUCACAUUCGUGUUACUCUUCCCGUUCGGUGCGGCGCUCAUCCGGCUGCUGAACAAUCGGGUCCCGAACGCCCUGGCGCUGCAUCGCGGCGUGCAGAUCUUUAAUCUGAUAUUGGCGUUCAUCGGCAUGACCAUGGGUGUGUGGAGGAGCAGUAUGACUGGAACGCAAUGGCGCUCCUACCACCAAGUGAUGGGCAUCAUCAUCGUGUGCCUGCUGCCGCUGCAGGGCGUGCUCGGCCAGAUGCACCACCGCCAGUUCCUCAUCACGGGCACGCGCUCCGCCUGGUCGUAUGCGCACAUCUGGUUCGGCCGCAUCGUCAUCAUCCUCGGCAUCGUCAACGGCGGCAUCGGGCUGGGCCCCGAGCUAGCGAACGCGAGUAGGGGAUGGGUUAUCACAUAUCUGGUGGUUGUGGCGAUCAUGGCAGCGCUGUAUGCGCUGUUUUAUCUGCUCAAGGAGCGGUCGAGAGAGGUAAGGAGACAGAAGUCUAUUCCGUUGAAAGAAGUCAUGUGA